UUAUCUGUAAAAAAAAACUACACUACGCAGUCCGCUUAGUCUUGCAUUUAACAUCUCUAUCCCUCUCGAUGGAUUGACAUAACAACAGAUCAAGAGAAAAAUAAUAAUGUCACUUGCUUACAUUACGAGUUCUUCAAAAUUGUGAAUACACUUAAAGAUGUCUGUUCAUGCGGGCUGAAUUACUAUACAAUAUUUUGUUUGACUAAUUUUCUUUUGCAGUGACUGUAGUUCUUACAAAAAUGGUGCGAACUAUAUUGAUGGAGAAACUGAAGGUUUGGAGAUUCUGUACUGUGAAACCUUACUUUGCGUUUAUUUAAAAAGAAAUGCAUAGUGUCAGGCAUAUUAAAAUAGCAUCCUUCGGUAAUACAGUGGUUUAGAGACUCACUUGUCACACCUGCACUAAGAGGUCCUGUGUUCAGACCUCUGGAAACUCUCUGUAUGUAACAUCUAUUGGUAGGACCGGCCGUCAAGGUACUCCUGAUUCCUCCCCGUACAUAAUUUCUUUCUCAUGUGCAAAAUCACUUCAAGGUUGAAGCAAUUUUCUGAUUAACCAACCAACCAGGCAGGGAAUUAAAAAAUAGAACGUAGCUAUUUCCAUCAGAAUUUAUUUUAAUUUUUUUUUUGACAUUUACUAAGAUCAUUUUAUUGGGGUACAGCUCGAAGGAGUUAGAAGGAGUUAGAAGGAGUUAGAAGAUUCGGGUACUUGUGAUUCAUCCUUUCCGAGGACGGUAGAUCCACGUCGCAUCCACGCAUCAGUAUCGCAACAGCAACAGCGGCAAUGGUUAAUCAGGACAGGAUCUGGAAUAGCUAUAAGAAAGUUAACUACCAAAUAAAAUCUGUACAAAUACCUGGUAGUACCGAUCCUUGUCGACGGAUGUAACAGGUGGUCAUCUUAACUAGAAAGGGGAAUCCAGGCCUUCGAGAACACGUGCUUAAUGAGGUUGCUGCGGAUCUCAUACAAAGAACUGGACCAAGGAAGGUCCAAGACUGGCCUGGUGGUCGUGUACAGGACCUGCUGACUAUCAAACACAAUAGACAAGAGAGGGGGCUGUCAGCUGCUGUGUCUACCCAUGUGAUCAGGGGAUGGCUGACUGACGGACUGACUGAUGUAGAUGCAUGCUCCAGGCGCUUCACUAUCAUACAGCAUACAGAGUGUAUAUAUAUAUGUGUGUGUUUUAUGCAGAUUAGAUAAGAAAGCACAACAAAUUUUCAUGAAACUUUGUGGAAUGUAGUAAAGCAAUUAUUUCAGAACUGUUGUAUUAUCCCAUUACUCACAGUUUAUUUUUACUAGUGCAUUUCUUUUAAUUUCAGGAAAAGAUAUCACUUAUGGAGACUGCUCUUUCGAAGAAACUCUUUGUAAUUACACACAAGCCUGCACCAAUGGACUGCUAACAACUGGACAGUGUCAUAUGGUUAUGACUUAAAUAUCUACAUUAUAAUGCAUUUGUUCAGUCUAAUUCUUAAUUUGUUUACGAACACGUUAUUGCUGAACACGUUCAUACUUAUAUGAAGGUGACUGAACAUUGAAUACCUCAUGUAAAUAGAAUAACUUUGCGAAAGAUGGAGGCCACGAUGUUAUGUUGCCGUGAAGUCAUCAAAGCUACCUAUUGUCGAGCUCACUUUCUGUCUCUUUAGUCCGGUCGUCGAAACACUGGCAUCAUCGAGGUGGGCAUGGCGCGAUUACACUGUAAAUAUGAAAAAAGCAAGAAAGACCUGAGUGAGAGAAAAAGACUUGACAGAAAAUUCCUUUUAGUGAAGCAUUUCUUGUACACCAAGGAGUAAAAGGAGUCUGCCAUUUUUCCUCAGAUUCGCCCCAACCUGAAAAAGUAGGAAACACGGCAUCCUAGCACCAAACACGACUGUAAGAAUGAUGCCACUUUGGCUUUUCAUUGAACACGUGUUAUAAGGUCCGUACGACGUACGACAGAAAACUAAAGUACAUUUUGUUAUUUCCAUUACUACAUUUGUGUGAAUAUUUGUGAGCUACACACGCUGAAAGUUGUGUAUCACAGGUUUUUAUUUUCUUCAGGUCGUGCCGAGUGUCGUGGAAGCGGAGGAGACGUCAACUCUUUCUCUGUGUUGCUGUCACCUUUACUGAAAAUCACUCGUAACACAUCUCUUGUAUUUAACUACGUUCGGAGUUUGCCAGCGACACUCAGUGUGUUUGUAGCAACAUGUACAGAAAUAAUAGAAGUGUUUCCCGAGCAAACGGAUAAUAAGUCUCCACCUCCACUUAUUUAUAUCAACCCAUCGGUGGUAAAGAGCUCGGAGGGCGGAUGUAGGCUAUGUUGUGGGACUGAAUGACGUGAAGCUUCAGGCAGCACGCUCCACAGAUCUCUCAGCCCACGUUACUGAUACUUGUACAUCCGGGACACGUGACCAGUCAGACGCUCCCUCAACGACUCCAGCAGAAGCCAAGAUACAAGAAGUCAGAAGUAACGUCGGUGUAAUAGUCGGUGUUGUCGUGGCUGUGGUUGUUGUGGUUGUUGCUGGUGUGGCUGCUGGAUAUUUUAUUUGGAGACAUCGCAAACACCAACGAAAUCGUAAAAAUGAACACAAAAGUGAUAAAGGAAGCCAGAACAUCUACCAAAAUGAAGGAAAAUGUCAGCAUGUCAGCAACUUCAGCAAGAGUUCCUGCUGCUCUUUAUUUUACUUUGUUCUGUCUGGUGUGCAACAAACUCUAAAAUAGGCUGUCCUUACGAAAAGGGUUCUGACUAUUUUGAUGGAAAAACUGAAGCAAAAGAUAUCACUUAUGGAGACUGCUCUUUUGAAAAUGACCUUUGUUAUUACACACAAGCCUGCACCAAUGGUAGCGCUAAAAACUGGACAGUGUUAGAUGGUCGCGCCGUGUGUCGUGGAAGUGGAGAAGACUACAACUCUUUCUCGGUGUUGCUGUCACCUUUACUGAAAAUCACUCGUAACACAUCUCUUGAAUUUAACUACACUCGGAGAUGGCCAGGGACACUCAGUGUGUUUGUAGCAACAAGUACAGAAAUAACAGAAGUGUUUCCAGAGCAAAAGGACGAUGCUAUGUCUCCCAAACCACUUAUUUAUAUCAACCCAUCAGUGGUAAAGAUCGGUUUCAGAGCUCGGAAGGCGAAUUCAGGUUAUAAUGUGACACUGAGUCACGUGAAGCUUCAGGCAGCACCCUCCACAGAUGUUCCAGCACCUGUGACCAGUUCAGGAACACCGAGCACUUGUGACCAGUCAACCAUUUCCUCCGCAACUCCAGAAGCUGAACUAGAAACCCAGAAACAAGAAGAUUCCAGUAACGCCGGUGUAAUAGCUGGUGUUCUCGUGGCUGUGGUUGUUGUAGUUGCUGCUGGUGUCAUUGGAAUAAUUAUUUGGAGACGCCACAAACAGCGCCAGAAACGUAACAGUGGACAGGAAACAGUGAAAGGUGAACUGAACAUCUACCAGAGUGCAGACCUCGGAGUGAUGACAACAGCUGCAACAAUGCCGUCACCCAACAAAUCGUUGACAAAGUCCCCUGUAAAUCCUGUGAACGCUGGAAACAAAGCUACCCCUGGUGUCAUGGGCAGCAGCAGCAACCAAUAUGAUGUUCCACGUAAUGGACUACCAGCAGGACCCCGUGUAGUCAAAGAUGAGCAGAGUGGUCCCCCUGAUCUUACCUCCCCUUUUGCUGGUGACUGUGAAGACGACGGUUACCACAUCCUGGAGGAUGACAGUGCGAUGGGAGCAUCGCAGGCGACAGGUGUCUACAGCCUUGCGAGGAACGAGGACGACUACACUGAUAGCCAAUGACCCUGAUGGACAUUAUGACAAGGCCGACUCUUCU